GGCCGGGGAACCCCCGCAGAGACGUGGCACAUCACCCCCUCCGCCCUGGGAAGGCUCUCUGAGACUAGGGGUGACCCCGCGGUGAUGGGGGACACUAAAGGAUGAAGACCAGCUCCGGAAAGCCGGCUGGAGGAGGAGGACCUGGGAGGGGCGGGGGAAGACUCCCUAUAGGGAGGAUCGUGGGGUCCCGGGGGCACCCGCAGCCGCCAGAACCCACCACCACCUGGACGACCAGCCACGGAGAGUUCGCUUUGUUUCCAGCAUGAGUGCAGAGCUCAAUGUCCCUGUGGACCCUUCCCCGCCAGCUUGCCCUGAACCGGGUAAUAAAGGGAUGGAUUAUCGGGACUGGGUUCGUCGCAGCUACCUGGAAUUGGUCACUUCUAAUCAUCAUUCAGUACAAGCCCUUUCUUGGAGGAAGCUCUACCUGAGCAGGGCCAAGCUCAAAGCUUCCAGCAGGACUUCCGCCUUGUUGUCUGGAUUCGCCAUGGUGGCCAUGGUGGAGGUGCAGCUGGAGAUGCAGUACCAGUACCCCCAGAUGCUCCUGAUCGCCUUCAGCGCCUGCACCACGGUGCUGGUGGCGGUCCACCUCUUCGCCCUCCUCAUCAGCACCUGCAUCCUGCCCAACGUGGAAGCCGUGAGCAACAUUCACAACUUGAACUCCAUCAGCGAGUCCCCCCAUGAGCGCAUGCACCCCUACAUCGAGUUGGCCUGGGGCUUCUCCACCGUUCUGGGGAUCCUCCUCUUCCUGGCAGAGGUGGUGCUCCUGUGCUGGAUCAAAUUCCUCCCUGCGGACUCGAGCGCGAAAGGCGGGCCUGACUCCAAGCCGGGGCCAACCGGCCACGCCGGCUGGCAGGCCGCCCUGGUGUCCACCAUCAUCAUGGUGCCGGUGGGGCUCAUCUUUGUCGUGUUCACCAUUCACUUCUAUCGCUCCUUGGUCCGACACAAAACAGAGCGUCACAAUCGGGAGAUAGAGGAGCUUCACAAACUGAAAGUCCAGCUGGACGGCCACGAGAGGAGCUUGCAGGUCGUGUGAGUAGCCGGACACGCUGGGGGGAGGGGGGAUGUCCUUGUGAAGGGCAGAGAAGCUGGAAAUAAAACAGGCAUUUUGUUCGCAGGAGCACAAUAGUCGCUUGAGUUUUUCGGAAUAUUAAAAAUCCAAAUUGUUAA